AUUCCCUUUCAAAAGAUGCAGCGUUUCUUAAAGGAAAAAUAUCAGCUAGCUCUUGUAAUGUUGCUAUGUAGAGUGUACUGCCAAGGACUCCACGUAUACUGGGCAAAAGGCCUAUCUCUUCUGAUAGCUCAUCUUCUCCUGCUCCGACGACGACAACAACGGCUACCGGUAGCGCUCAAGUCAAGUAAAUCACCACACCACACAGAUCUUUAGGAUUAGAUCAACCUAGCCUAUGCUAUGACUAGACCGUUAGAUCUUGAGGAGACUAAAUUUGCAGUUAUUUUUCACUUCUGUGGAGCACAACAGGCCCUUUCCCCCACUGAAUUCUUUCACAAGUUUUGGGAUUUGAUUUGAUCUGACCUUCUUGACCUUUUCAGCACCACCUGGCUUGAUGUGUGUCAACCUAGAGAUCAAGGUGGGCUUGGAUUUACUGAAUUUCGAUUCUACAAACAUCAGUCCUGUAUGUAAAUGGCAGAAUUCUGAACAUCAGUCUUGUAUGAAGUGGCAGGAUUUUGUUAGCGCUGAAAACCUGCAGAAAGUUACUCUACUUCAUCAACCAAAAGUAAACCAUCUCCUAGUGAUUCUCACUUCUUGUCCAGCAUCAGGCAAGUGGCAGGAUUGCUGGUUGCUUGCUAGUGAAGAAUGCCAAGAAGGAAGGCGAAGCAAAGGACACAACAUCAGAGGAAGCCAAUGGAGACAUGAAGCAAGGUGACAAGUGAAGUGAAGUGACAGGAGCAGAGUGAGCUGUACUCUCCCUUGCAUAAAAAGAUACAGUGAUUUUUCUUCUUCAAAAAAAUUGUACUAUGGAUUGAGUACUACAAUACGAAACACUCCAACAUGACCUGUUGGCUAGACCCAACCAUUCACUCAUCUUGUCUCAAUCUGUACUGGGAAAAGGGAAUUCAUGAGUUUGUUCCGUGUGUAUGGACUCGCCGAUUUUUCUCGGCUCCAACAGCUCCUCUCCACCUACCCCGACGAUCUGCUCCGAUAACGACAAAGACGACGACCUGGGUUAACCUAAGUGAAUCACCACACGUCUCCAGCCAGCAUUAUAUACACGCACAACCACUCACUCACUCAGGUGCCGUCCGGUGCAGAGCCAAAUAGAGCUACAGCCUUCCAGCAAGAAAAACCCAAGACACAAAAAUCAAGAGGUCCAGCCAUGGAGGUGGCGAUGGUGGAGUGGUGGCCAUGGUUCGGAUCGGCGGUGGCGAGCACCAUCUUCCUAUGGUCCAUGGUGCAGAACCACAUCCCGGACGCCCUCCGCCUCAACCUCGCCGCUUUGGCCGCCAAGCUCACCGCCUACUUCAACCCUUACCUCCAGAUCACCAUCUCGGAGAACGGCGCCCAGCGCUGGAAGCGAAGCGAACUCUUCCUCGCCGUCGAGGCCUACCUGAGCGACGCAUGUGCCCGUCGCGCGCGCAGGCUCAAAGCUGAGCUCGGCAAGGACAGCAAGAACAUCCAGGUCUCCAUCGACGACCACGAGGGAGUCACCGAUGACUUCUCCGGCGCCACGCUCUGGUGGCACGCCUCCAAGCAGCGACCCAAGGCCAAUGUCAUCAGUUUGUACCCUGGCGAGGACGAGAAGCGCUUCUACCGGGUCACCUUCCAUAAGCGACACCACGACCUCAUCGUCGAUUCUUACCUGCCUUUCGUCCUCGGUGAGGGCCGCACCGUCAUUAUCAAGAACCGCCAGCGCCGCCUCUUCACCAACAAGGCCAGCGGCAGCUCGAGCCCUUACGGGGCCAAGAGCGCCUGGAGCCAUGUACCGUUCGAGCACCCGGCGACCUUCGACACCCUUGCCAUGAACCCGAAACAGAAGGAGGACGUCAUCGACGACCUCAUGGCAUUCCAAGAGAGCAAGGAGUACUAUGCUAAGGUCGGCAAGGCGUGGAAGCGCGGGUACCUCCUUUACGGCCCGCCCGGCACCGGCAAGUCCACUAUGAUAGCCGCCAUGGCCAACUUCCUCGACUACGACGUCUACGACCUCGAGCUCACGGCCAUCAACAACAACACCGAGUUGCGGAAGCUCUUCAUCGAGACGACGGGCAAGUCCAUCAUCGUCAUAGAGGACAUUGACUGCUCCGCUGACCUCACCGGAAAACGCCGCAAGGACAAGAAGGCCUCUCGCGACAAGGACUCCGAUGGCAACGACAAACCCAAGCUACCAAUCGAGCCAGAGAAGGAUGACGCGACCAAGGUGACGCUCUCUGGCCUGCUCAACUUCAUCGACGGGCUGUGGUCUGCGUGCGGCGGCGAGCGGAUCAUCAUCUUCACCACCAACUACAAGGAGAAGCUGGACCCGGCACUGAUCCGGCGGGGCAGGAUGGACAAGCACAUUGAGAUGUCUUACUGCCGCUUUGAGAGCUUCAAGGUACUCGCCAAGAACUACCUAGAUGUCGUCGGGCAUGAGCUGUUUGGGGAGAUUCAGCAGCUGCUCGAGGAGACCGACAUGUCGCCCGCUGACGUGGCGGAGAACCUGAUGCCCAUGUCCAAGAAGAAAAAGAGGGACCCUGACGUGUGCUUGGCAGGCCUCAUCGAGGCGCUCAAGCAGGCCAAAGAAGACGCGGCGGUCGCCAAGGCGAAGGAGGAAGAGAAGGCCAAGGAGGCUGAAGCGAAGAAAGCCAAGGAGAAAGAGGAGGCUGAAGUGAAGAAAGCCAAGGAGAAAGAGGAAGGGAAGGACAAAACAUCAGAGGAAGCCAUUGGAGACAACAUGCAAGCUGACAAGAUACAGGAGUAGAGUGAGCAUGUCCACUACAUGCUCCGUGACCAAGAGAUGCAGUGUUGGUUCAGAUAAGACAUAUAUCACUCAACUGAAAUAAAAUAAUGUAGCUUCCUUUUCUCAUUUGCUAAUUCACACAUGAAGCGACUGUUGUAAUGUUGCUAUAGGUAGAGUAAGUAGUACAAUACUACAUAAUCCCAACACUGUGUAUUUGUAAAUGCAGAACGAAACUUAGCUUGUUUGCAUAA